AUGCACUUUUGUUAUUAUAAUUUAUUGUAUGGCACAAAAAGGGGGAGCAGCCUGCUCAUUAUCCUUUUCAUCGUCACAAUUCGUUCCUUUUCUCUUAUUGCGAUUUCCUUCCUUCGUUAUCUGCUUCUUAUCUUUCAUUUGGUUCUUAUUGUUCGUCCCCUCGUCGUUCUUGUUCUUCUCGUUCUUGUUCAUUUUCUUAUUCUUCCUGUAAUGCUUCUUUACGUUCUUCGUGUUCAUAUUAGCAUUAUUCUUAUUGUGAUCAUUAUGUUUCAUUUUCUCAUUGUCGUCUUUCUUUUCGUUCUUUUUUUAUUUUUUAAUUGUUGUACAUCUCUUUGUUUAUUUCAGUAUUUUUGUUAUUUUCGUUCUUUUUCCAUUUCUCAUUAUCGGACUUCUUUUCGUUCCUCUUCUUUGUGUUCUUUUCAUUUUCUCCUUGUACUUAUUUUCGUCCUUUUUUUACAGCUUGUUUCAUUAUUCUUCUUCUUUUCGUUUUCUUUCAUUUUCUCAUCUUUUCGUUUUCAUUGUUUAUUUCAUUAUUCGUGUUCUAAUCGUUUUUUUUCAUUUACUCAUUGUUGUAUUUCUUUUCGUUCUUAUCGUUCCUCUUGUCAUUUUCCUUCCUUUUCAUUUUCUAAUAUUUUACGUCUUUUCGUUCUUUUCGUUCCUCUUGUUAUAUUCAUUCUUUUUCUUUUUCUCAUUUUUGUAUUUCUUUUCGUUCUUGUUCCUCUUUUUAUUUUCCUUCCUUUUAAUUUACUCAUUGUUGUACUUCUUUUCGUUUUUUUAUUUUCAUUCGUUUUCUUUUUUCAUUUUUGUACUUUUUUCGUUCUUUUCAUUCCUCUUGUUUUCUUUCCUUUUCAUUUACUCAUUGUUGUACUUCUUUUCGUUCUUUACAUUCCUCUUGUUUUCUUUCCUUUUCAUUUACUCAUUGUUGUACUUCUUUUCGUUCUUUUCAUUCCUCUUGUUUUCUUUCCUUUUCAUUCACUCAUUGUUGUACUUCUUUUCGUUCUUAUCGUUCCUCUUGUCAUUUCUCUUCCUUUUCAUUUUUUAAUUUUUUUACCUCUUUUUGUUCUUUUCGUUCCUCUUGUUAUUUUCCUUCCUUUUCAUUUACCCAUUGUUGUACUUCUUUUCGUUCGUCUUCUUCAUAUUAUUGUUGUACUUCAUUCAUUUUGUUCCUCUUGUUCAUUUUCAUGUUUUUCUUAUUGUUUUUCUUCGCACGUUUCUAUCAAUCAUCUUUGCUUUUAUUUUGUCAUGGACAUUCUCCUUUCUUUCAUAUUUAUUUGCUUUUCCUUUCUCGUACUUUUUCUUAUUGCUCUUAACGCUUUUAAAGUUCAUAGUAGGGUGACACUCUCUAUCUUUCUCUUUCUCUCUCUCUGGAAAUAUUCUAGUCUUUUAUCUAUCUAUCUGGAAAUGUCCCAGUCUAUUAUCUAUCUAUCUAUCUACCUAUGCAAAAUGCUUAUAUAUGACUUAUUAACACUUUUUCUUUCUUUCUUUCUUUCUUUCUUUCUUUCUUUCUUUCUUUCUUUCUUUCUUUCUUUCUUUGUGCCACCUCCCUCAAACUGUUCAUUAUCUAUCGACCUCUUCAUAUCUAUCUAUCUAUCUAUCUAUCUAUCUAUCUAUCUAUCUAUCUAUCUAUCUAUCUAUCUGAAUUAUCUGUUCAUUAUCUGUUUAUUUAAGUUUGAUUAUCUAUCUAUCUAUCUAUCUAUCUAUCUAUCUAUCUAUCUAUCUAUCUAUCUAUCUCAAUUAGUUCAUUAUCUGCCUGCUUGUCUUUCUGACGUUUUCUCUUUCUCUAUCUCAGUCUGUUCAUUAUUUGUUUAUUUAAGUUUGAUCUAUCUAUCUAUCUAUCUAUCUAUCUAUCUAUCUAUCUAA